AUGGCUUCCGAAGAUUACACUCGCACUCCAACGUUAAUGCUAGAAGGACAAGAUACUCCCUGCGAAGAAGAGAACAUGGAGUAUCCCACCGGCUUUCAAUUCCUUGUCGUGCUCCUUGCCAUGGGCAUGUCGUUGAUCCUCACUGGCUUGGAUUUCAACAUGAUCGCAACAGCAUUGCCAACGGUUACCACGCAUUUCGGGACCAUUGAAGAUGUUGGUUGGUAUUACUCGGCAUAUCGCUUGACCUCCUGCUCGUUUCAAUUCAUGUUUGGAAAGCUGUACCAUCUGUUCUCAGUCAAAUGCGUGUUCCUCAUCUCAGUCGUCAUUUUUGAGAUCGGGUCGUUGAUCGCCGGUGUAGCGCCUACUUCCGCCGCGCUGGUUCUGGGACGUGCGAUCUCUGGGAUGGGCUGCGCGGGUAUCAUAUCUGGAGUCUUCACCAUGGUAGUGCAGAGCUUCCCACUUCGCCAACGUCCCUUUUUUACUGGUAUCGCGGCUGGGGUUGAGGGUGCGUCGGCGACUGUAGCCCCACUACUUGGGGGCGCAUUGACCGAUUCCAUCUCCUGGAGAUGGUGUUUCUAUCUCAACUUGCCCAUUGGGGGCUUGUCCUUCCUAUUGAUCUUACUUUUCUUCCAACACCCUCAGAAGAAUACCCGUGUAAGCCUGUCAUGGAGAGAGAAGCUCCACCAACUUGAUCUCCUCGGAACGAGCAUCUUUGUGCCCUCUAUCACGUCCAUGUUGCUAGCCCUACAAUGGGGUGGCUCCAAGUAUGGAUGGGGUAACGCACGGAUCAUUGUUCUCUUCAUAUUAACGGCUGCCCUUUUGGGAACAUUCAUGUGGCAGGAAAGGAGAAGAGGUGGUAACGCCCUGCUUCCGGGGCGAAUCAUGCGGCGUCGCAGUUUGCUCGCAGGAAUGUGGUUUUCCUUUUGCAACAACUCCACACUCUCCGUUUUCGAGUAUUAUAUACCAACCUAUCUUCAAGUGGUUCGCGGUGCAUCCGCCAUGACAUCCGGUGUGCUGAGCCUUCCCAUCGCGAUCGGUGUGCCUGUUGCUGUCAUGUGUGGAAGUUCCGCCAUCAGCCUUCUAGGAUACUAUACCCCGUUCAUGAUUGUUACCGGGAUAUUGACGCCCAUUGCGGCAGGCUUGCUGACAACGUUGUCAGUGGAUCAGUCCCUGGCCUCUCUUCUCGGCUACCAGGCGCUCUUGGCCGUAGGAGCGGGCGUGGGCUUCCAAGGCCCUCAGGUUGCAGCCCAGACUAUUCUACCAGUCGAUGAUUCCCCCAUGGGCAUUGCCCUGAUUAUCUUUGCUCAGAAUUUCGGGCCGGCUCUCUUCGUCUCUAUCGUGCAGACCAUUUUCACGGGACAGCUGCUCACACGUUUGGGGCCAUUGUUGCCCAAUCUAGACACGUACUCGUUGUCGGCUAUGGGAAUGUCCGAUUUGGAGAAGUAUGUCCCUUCCACUGAUAUUCCUCGGGUGAUCGAGGCCUACGACAAGGCCUUGACAACGGCUUUCUUCUUCCCUGUCGGUCUAGCCUGUGCCAGCAUGAUUGGAGCGCUGGGGAUGGAAUGGAGAAGCGUGAAGCGAAAGGAUGCUUGA